GUCACCCGUGAAACUAUUCAAAGACCCAACGCUGUUGUCUUUCUUUUUGCCAGAUCGAUUUGAAAGAACCAUCGAAGCUUUCUGUUAGAUUGAUUUCACUGGCCCAGAUAGACGGCUAAAUAAUGGAAACCAAGGUGCCUGCAAAGAGUUUUCGCGUGAGCGACGGGGACUGGAUUUGCUCAGAUAAAAAGUGUGGGAACGUUAACUUUGCCAGAAGAACAAACUGCAACAGGUGUGGCAGAGAAAAAACAACCGAAGCUAAGAUGAUGAAGGCAGGAGGAACAGAGAUUGGAAAGACUCUUGCUGAAAAGAGCCGUGGCCUCUUCAGUGCUAAUGACUGGCAGUGUAAAACCUGUGGUAAUGUGAAUUGGGCCAGAAGGUCAGAGUGCAAUAUGUGCAAUACUCCUAAAUAUGCCAAGCUGGAAGAAAGGACAGGCUAUGGAGGAGGAUUUAAUGAGAGAGAGAAUGUAGAGUAUAUUGAACGUGAAGAUUCAGAUGGGGAAUAUGAUGAGUUUGGCCGUAAAAAGAAGAAGUACCGUGGAAAGACUGGUUCCAAGGGUUCCCCAGAAGAGAAGGAAAAAGCUGUGGUGGCAACAGUGGAGGAGGAGGAUGAUGAGGAGGAGGAAGAUGAUGAGGAUGGGGAUCUUUCAAAAUACAAACUAGAUGAUGACGACGACGAAGAAGAUAAAGAUGAGGAUGAAGACGAGGCUGAUCUUUCCAAAUAUGACCUGGAUGCCAGCGAUGAUGAAAAAAAGCAGGAGGCUAAAAAGGGGAGCGGCUCAAAGUCUGUCUCCUCCCGUUCUCGCUCGUCCUCCCGCUCCUCUCACUCCAGUUCGCGGUCCAGGUCCAGAUCCCGAUCCGGAAGUUCCUCCAGUUCCAGAUCAGGAUCUCGCUCGAGCUCCAGAGAUCGUGCUCGAUCACGCAGGUCUAAAUCAAGAUCUAGCUCCAGGUCACGCAGGGGGUCUUCCUCUCCUCGAAAAAGAUCUGGUUCAAGUUCCCCAUCAUCCUCUUCGCCUGACAGAGGCAAGAAACGAAGCCGCUCCAGGUCUUCAUCUGGUGACCGAAAAAAAAGACGCUCAAGAUCUCGGUCAACAGAAAGACCCCGUAGAUCGUCUUCUGGAUCAUCUCACUCUGGCUCCCAGUCCUCAAGUUCUAAAAAAAAAUAAGUUAAUAUCAGUCAUUUUCAAACCAAUAUAUUUUAGACAGAUGCAUGGUGUGUUUUAAAGAUACAGGUGUAUUGUUGAAUCUUACGUCAUGCUGUUUAUACUUAAAUCAUCUUUUGUGGUGAUACAGCAGUGGCAUGUCUGUCCUUGCUCUUAGAAACUGCAACUUAUUUUCCUCAUAUCCCAUGCAGUAAUGUUUUAAGGUUUUUAUUUUAUUUUUUCCUGUUUUUACUUCCAUCAUCUAUGCAAAAAGUGAAUGAAUAAUGAAUCAUAAACCACCUUGACAGUAGCAAAGAAAUGCAUAUGGUUUAACACGACAACAAUUCAACAUAUUUAGUAGUAUCUUGCAGGAGGGUUAGAUUCAUUCUACAAUCAAAUUCAAAUUGUAUACUUUAAAGCAUAGGGCAAAUCUAAUAGUGUUUCAUUGAAUUUAAACCCACAAAAAAUUGCGCACUCUUUGAAAGUAUGAUUUAAUUUUUUUUAAACAUCAUUUAUUUAGCAGUUUUGACUGCUUUUUCCUGAACCUUUUGUAUUGGCUUGAUAAUGUUGGAUUUCCUUAAGGUAAGUAUUUAAGAUUGUGUCUUUCUUUUUUAUUUUAUUAUUGUUUCCACUAGCUAAAUGUGGACACUUAAUUUUAUGUUUUGCAGCUUGCAAGUAUUAAACGACAGGCAUAAUUUUAUUUUUAAUUCUAAGAUAUUAAAUUCUUCCAAGAUAACAUUACUGUAUUUACUGUUUUUCAAAGCUGGGAUUGUAGAAGUUGUUAGUAGGCCUCUGACCAUAUCAGUUAAUUUGCAGCAUCUCUCUUGAGCAAGGCAAACCAUAAACAUUUUAACUUUGCCAUAUUCCGAAUUUACCAUACACUAAAGAAAAAAAAAGACAGACUUCCAUUAGGCAAACUUAAGCCAUUGCCCUGCUGGAUAAGAGACCCUAUAUAAACUAGGAGGCAAUGUAAUUUAGAAAUGUUGGUAAAAAAAAAAAAAAAAAUUCUUCACUUUUUUGCUGUAUUUUUGUUUUAGUUGAAGGCUCAAGGUAGUUAAGUCACACAUCCUGAGCUUUCCUCUGAGUAAUGGCAGUAAAUAGCAUCUGAUUUAGCUUUGUCUUUUGGUUCGUACAAUGAAAUGGCAUUGUAAACAAAAUGUAAAUAAAAAUAAAAUGUCA